AUGCCGGGAGUCAUGGACAAUGUCAGCGUCGAUGGCUCUAGGCAGGGAUUAGUCCCUCAUGACCAUGAAGACAAUUUGUCAGCGCCAAUUCCGGGGGCUGAAAAACCAAGAGGUUCUUCUGACUCAAAAAUUGGCACCCUAUAUGUCAAUGGAGGUCUAAAAGAUGUUGAUCGAUCCAACCGGAACUCCCAGGUUGCCCGGUCCAUACCGGUCGAACCGUUUCAGUUAACACAUAUAACGCAUGGCUUCUUCCCAUUUGCGAAACUGGUAAAUAGGUCUGUACAGCAAUGUUGGAACGACUUGUCAGACCUUAUUACCGAGCUCGUGGGAAUCCAGAUUUCCUCUCAAGAUCAGAACUCUCCGUCACUCCUCGCCACUGGUAAGGUACCGGGUAACCAGAGUGCGGAAAAUGUCCAAAAGAAACUCCGGAUUUUGGAUUUUGCUCAUGCAAAACGAGCUGAAUUCAUAAAGCUUCUGGUUCUAUCACAAUGGAGCCGGAAAGCGGCAGAUGUCAGCAAACUUAUCGAUCUCCAAGGCUUCAUACGCACACGGCACCAGGCCUACAGUGGCGCCAUCCAAUUGGUAGGUGACAUGAAAAGAGAUCUAGUCAGAGCUCAGGUAGCAACUCCGGAUCUGAAAACGGCGUUGGAGGUCCUAUCUAAAGGGAAGGUUGAAGCUAUGCCAGAUCUUGGUUAUAGACCCCCGAAACCGCUUACGCCGAGGAAUGCUCUCAAAAAACUCCGCAAGAUAAAUAGAAUCAUCGGCGUAAGGUUAGCGCUGCACGACACGUUCCCUAUUCCCUUUCGAACUUACCAUGUCCACGACGGUCGAGUUACCUUCAUCGUUCCUGAAGAGUUUGAAGUCGAUCUUUCCAUUGCAGAGGAAAGCAAAACUUCACAAUUCUUCUUCGUCGACAUCAGAUUUCUUUUUACCCCAUCCUCGCCUGUCCCUAAAGGCCGGUUUUUUAAUGAGCUCGAUAUCAAAGUCAACAACACCCUGCGCGAUAGCGGCCUGUGGGGAUGCUUUGAUUUGUUACACAGUCUGGUGCUCACUAAUAAAAUAAAUAUUCUCUUUAAGCAAGCUACAGACCUAGCAAGGGGCCUUUGGUCCGAUGCCUUGCAUGUUGAGUUGUUACAUCGGACACUGGUUAUACAGUAUUGGACAUCGAGGCCUGGGCCUAAGAGCUGGUUUGAAAUUGGCAUUAAAAGUGGUCAUAAAAAGGCCAGCUAUGGUCAAGAUAGACUUGGCCAAGUGCCAUUUUUGGGCUUACGUUGGAUUCGAGGUGGCCAGGAAGUUGACAGUAGUGACAUCGUGUUUGAUACAGGAACUCUCUCAGUGGAAAACAUUCUGCGGAGCGUUAUCGCCAUACACAUCUCUCACAUACUGUCAUCGGCAUAUGCCAAGCUAAACGAAAUGCGUCUCUUCUCAACCCGUGUCCUGUCUUUACGAGCGGAAUUAUCGGGAAUCGAGCCAGGAGACUGUCACCUUGAUGUCCAACUCACUGCAUCUCGGCAACUUCGAGUCUCAAUCGAGCCAAUGUCAGGAGCAAGUGUCUUGUCAUCCACGCCUACUGUAUUGGACCGUCCCGAAACCGAACGUAAUCCCGAAAGGUCGCUCGCUGAUGAUGUGGUAACCCGUAUUUCACGGGUCCGUUGCAUCGCUGCAAUGGAGGAAAUUGAAUCAAAUGCCAAGAUGCUCGGCUUGGAGCCAGUGAACCCGAGAGAGUUCAAACUCGACAUUCGAAAGAUAUUCCCUUCCAAUGUCUUGCGGUUUUCUUUCUUCUCGCACCGGCUCUGGGAACGCAAUUGGAUCGCGGCUGCGACCAGCAGUAUGGACAGUGAUAAUUUGUGGGCGGUCCAACUUCGACCGUUGGUGACCACGGUCAACGAUUUAGCAUUGGGUGCUGGUGCCCGGGAAUCUACAGUCCUUCAAUGGGCUCAAAUCAUUAGCAAUACUUUCCUAACGCCACAACAGCAAUUGAACUACGCAUCGUGUGCGGAUCUAGGGCAUUGUCUUUCAGGUAUCCUUGCAAUUUACGCCAAUGCUCGUUAUUUGGGGGAAUUACAGCGCAUCAAUUUUUACCCUCCUCUGCAAAAAUUGCAGCUGGACUCGGAUCUUCAGGUACCAAGUAUCUUCCUUCGUUAUGAAGUGGGAAAGCUUCCAUCGAGCCUUCGGAUAGCGCUACCCAUGGGGUUGAAAAGAAAGACUUUUGUGAAGGAGACUAUUCGUCUCGCUUUCCUUGGUGUCGAUCCUAACAGCAAACUUGCCAUUCUGGUGGCCUAUGGCCAUCUGCUGGUUUCGGGGAAGUCCUUAACAUCUCUAAAUUCGAAGUUAGACCAUUCCUUGGUUUUCCAGCCGACUGGCAGUGGUUUUGCGAUUCGGAUGCUUGCGCCAGCAGGUCGUUCCAUCAUCGUCAACCUCCUUGAACGCCUUCAAAGACUUGAAUGUGUACUGUCCAUUCUCGAGAUUCUCCAGCGCAAGAGAAUAGCACCUCUGAGUUUGUCACUGUCGAAGAUUGCUUUUGCCUACGGAUCUGAAAGGGAUCUCUCUGCCAGCAUUAGCAUCAAGGUUCUAGGGCCAUCGUCUUCAAAAAACAUCGACGCUGUCGAUCUCGUCUCGAAACCCCACUCUCUCUUCCAUUUGCAUUUAGAUAUCAAUUUUGAUAAUCCGAACCCACAUCGGCGUAUUCAGGAGUCACUUACUUCCAUCCUAAAUAACGACUACUCAGAUGCUAGCCUUGAAUCAGUCCUUGAUUUAUUAUCUGUCACGCUUCCUCUGUUGCAAGUUUUCGAUCGGAUAACCACGAAUACGUCUCUAGAGGAACCGUUAAAGGUGCAAGUAACCGUACGAAAUGCCAAGACAUUUCGAAUCAGCUAUCCUGGGACAAAAUGCCAAAUGCAAUUGACGUUGGGCCGGCAUCUUAACCGCGCGAACUGGACACUCAAGGACGUGAGUGACCCUCAGGAUCGGUUAAGCCACAGCCACAUUACAGCAAAACUGCGAGAGAUGCUAUACAAUUCCAAGGGCGAUGGUUGGAGGGGUCUGGGCAACGGCGCUGUGGCAGAAGUUGACGGUGUCUGCAAUCUCGUAUCGGAACUUCAUAAAUGCCUUACUGAUACCCAGAGUAAUCCGGAUACGGCAGCGCCUGACAAUCAACCCAAUUCAGCGAGCAAAGUUCAACCAGCGGAAGCCGGCCGCACUGGACAUGGAGGGAGAGUGGAAGUGACUACGGUACAGCAGAGUCCCAGGGGUUCAAAAAGCACCAAUAUCAUUACUAUUGACUAG